UGGGGCAUCCUGAACUUCUCUGAGCAACCCAUUCCGGUGCUCAGCACCCCCACCGUAGAUAGAAGAUGGAAGACGCGCGGGUCGCUCCCGGGGACGCUUCCCCCGGGCGCUGGGGAGAAGCGGGAGUCUGGCACACGCUGUUCGGAGCGGCGCGGCUGCCGUGGGAGCGGCGGGGCUGGCGGGCGGCAGCGGGAACAAAGGGAGGAGGGAGCGGCCGGGGAGAAAGCGCCCACGUGACUCCGGGGCGAACCGGAAGGGCACGGCGCGUGCGGGCCUGACGUGGCGGCGGCGGAAGUGCGUGUUGUGUGUGUGAGAGUGUUUUGGUCGGGGCAGAGGCGGCGGCGGAAGUCGGCGGCGGGGCUGGGUUGUUACUGGCAGAAGAACCAGGAUUCAGAUCUCAGUGGAACUUGCUUUCAAAGGCUGUUGAAACAAAAGACUGCUUUUUAAUUUGGACAUGGCUAAUCGAGGAGCAACAAGGCCCAACGGGCCAAAUGCUGGAAAUAAAAUUUGCCAAUUCAAAUUAGUACUUUUAGGAGAGUCUGCAGUUGGCAAAUCAAGUUUGGUGCUUCGUUUUGUAAAAGGACAGUUUCAUGAAUUUCAAGAAAGUACGAUUGGAGCUGCUUUUCUAACCCAGACUGUGUGUCUGGAUGACACAACGGUAAAAUUUGAAAUUUGGGAUACAGCUGGGCAAGAGCGGUACCACAGUUUAGCACCCAUGUACUACAGAGGAGCACAAGCAGCUAUAGUGGUAUACGACAUCACAAACGAGGAGUCCUUUGCCAGAGCGAAAAAUUGGGUCAAAGAACUUCAGCGACAAGCAAGUCCUAACAUUGUAAUAGCUUUAGCAGGAAACAAAGCUGAUCUAGCUAACAAAAGAGCUGUGGAUUUCCAGGAAGCACAGGCUUAUGCAGAUGACAACAGCCUAUUGUUCAUGGAGACAUCUGCCAAAACAUCUAUGAACGUAAAUGAAAUAUUCAUGGCAAUUGCAAAAAAAUUGCCCAAGAACGAACCACAGAAUGCAGGAGCCAGCUCUGCCAGAGGAAGAGGAGUAGACCUUACUGAACCCACACAACCACCCAAGAGUCAAUGUUGUAGUAACUAAAAGAUCAAUUGCUUUAAACUGUUCUGAAUAUUCUUCUGCUUCCUAACUGUUAAUAACCAUGGAAUUGGAGUGCUUAACCUGGUCCAGUACAGCUUCCAAACAGCGAAGAGACUUAUGAUAAUAGUCAAGUUCAUGAUACAGAGUUUUCUUUUGACCUAAAAUUUUAACAUGCAUGUAUCCACCACUGGCUGUAAUGUUUCAGCAGUAGAGGAGAGAUGGAAGCGGAAUAAACUUCCUUCAGUUGAAAGGUUUUAAAAAUCAGUUGUUAUUAUUAGGGGUGUAGAAGAACUACUUUCUGUGGACCUAAUUGGCCAGUUCCUGUAGCCUCAAUACUGAUCACUGUUAUAAUAAAUAGAAUUGGGUCUUUUCAUAAUUCUCAAUUGUGCUUUAAAACCUCCUUAUAAACAGGGUCUAAAAAUCACUUAAACUUAUUUGCAGUAUUGAUGCAACGAGUUGUUUCUGCAGGUAUCCAUUGUUUAGUUAUACAUUCCAUAGGUUAAUAAUUUUAUUACAAAUAAUACUUGCAUUAACAAUUUUAAGAAUCCUAUGCUUGCCAGAAAGUGGAGUUUUAGUUGGUACACUGUAUGUAAAUUAUAUCAACCCAGUUAGUUAUCUUAAUGAAUUAGUGAUGAAUCAAGUCUAACUUCAUUUCUAAUCUGUUCAGAGGGUACAGACCAGUAAAUUCACUCUACAACUUAGGAUACGGGGUUUUAUGUCCUCUACAAACUGUAAGAGCUCUUCAAGUAAAACCACAACAAACGCGGUGUCUGUGACUUCUUUCUUGUUUCUGAUCAUUGCUGGCCAUUACAGUUUGUUUUUCCCCUAAGGAAUAAAAAAUAGUGCACUAACAAUUAUGUACAUCCAACUUGAUUUUAAAUUUGGAUAUUAAUGUACUGUAAAUAGGUACUCUGCAUUGUAGUCUACAUUUGUUUAAUACUUUCUGUAAUAUUUAAGAGUUGCUUAAAGGUAUACAGAAUGUACAGUUACUUAAAGCUAACUUUUUUCCUCUCUAAUCAAAGGGGGUUCUGAGUUCUUCCUUUAUGGCUAGAACAGUAAUAAAUGAUGCUCCUGUAUCUGUAACAUAA